AUGACCUAUGGUUUAGAAACUGCACCACUAAGAAAAGUCGAGGAAAGAAAAUUGGAUGUUGCUGAAAUGAAAAUACUCAGAUGGAUGGCGAGGGUAACAAAGAUGGACUGCAUACGGAAUAACUAUAUAAGAGGAUCACUCAAGGAAACAGAAAUAUCAAAGAUUGUUCAGGAAUCAAGACUGCGAUGGUAUGGAUACCUGCUAAGAAGAAACGAAGAUCAUGUGGGAAGACAGGCAAUGGAGAUGAAAAUAGAGGGAAACAGACCAAGAGGAAGGCCUGAGACCAGAUGGAAGGAUGUUGUUCAAAAAGAUAUGAGGGACAAACAUCUAGACGAGGUAGAGGCAUUGGACAGAACUCUAUGGCGAAGGUUAUGGGCAUGGAGCAACUUGCAUUUUAAGGAAAAGGUAAUAAAAGGUUGUGUAAAGGGUGUCCAACAGGUCAUCAAGGAGAUGACAAUGUCCGGCCCAUAUUUUUUACCACUGCAAAGCUCUGAAGCUUCUUCAAAGAAAUGA